CAGAGCACCCUUGCACGCAGGCCGUUCUCGUUCCAUUCAUCCCGAUACCGGAGCCGGGGAUGUCCGGCCGUCUUCAGUGCGGCCAGCCAAGGGCAACGCGAGGCGGAUCCUGCUAGGACCUCUCUCUCUCUCCCAGAAGAAACCACCGCAGCCACGUGAGGAGGCCUCCGCCGCGCCAGCCCUUGGCCAAAAUUUUUUUUUCUCGUAACCCUGGCGGCACGCAGGCAUCGCGCUGACAUGGCCCAGAACCAGGACUUCUACAGCCUCUUGGGAGUGAGCCGCAACGCCACAACAUCCGAUAUCAGCAAGGCCUACAAGGCGCUCGCCCUUCAGUGGCACCCGGACAAGUACGAGGGUAACAAGGAGAAGGCCGAGCGUAUGUUCCGCCUCAUUUCUGAGGCGCACAACGUACUCAGCAACGACUCGUCACGACAGCGAUACGACAAUCACCUCCGAAAGACCACGGUUCAAGCGAUUCCACCAACCCCGUCGGGCACAGUGCACGCGUACUGUUACAUUGUGCCCACCUAUUCCCGGCCGAGUCCAGCUCCCCAGCAGUCGUGCUCCUACACCCAACAACAGAGUCCCGUAGCCACUUAUCCGCAGUACUCGAUGACCACCGUUUGCCGGCCGACACCGCAGUUGCACCAGCCAGUGGUCAACUACAACAUGUACCAGCCUUCGACCUCUCAGUACUCGUACACCAUUCCACUCACUUCGUACUUGCCGAAGCAGGCCAUGUCCAUGACUGGCUACGUACCCAGCACAUCCUCGGCCCCCACGUCCUACGUCCAGAGGCCGCCUACUACAACCAACGUCUCGCUGUUGCGCGUACCAUCAGACUACCAGCGUCAGACAUCUACACGCAUCAUCCGCGGGACCCGCAUGGACCUCGAGGUGAUCAAAGAAAAUGCUGCCGAGAUUGUAAACGUCUACGAGAACGGAGUGCUGACCCAGAGCACCUACCGACGCACUCGUCCCCCCGCCUAAAGACUUCGGUCGUGCGGACAUGAGAGGGACCUGCAUGCAGCUGAAAAUCACGCAAGCCCUCAACGGUGGUUUCACGGGACUCUUUAUUUAUUUUUUAAGCAUGCAAGCCCUCAACGGUGGUUUCACGGGACUCUUUAUUUUUUUUUAAGCACGCAAGCCCUCAACGGUGGUUUCACGGGACUCUUAUUUUUUUUAAGCCGGCAAGCCCUCAACGGUGGUUUCACGGGACUCUUUUUUUUUUAAGCCUGCAAGCCCUCAACGGUGGUUUCACGGGACUCUUUAUUUUUUUUUAAGCCUGCAAGCCCUCAACGGUGGUAUCACGGGACUUUUUUUUUUUUUUUUAAGCACGCAAGCCCUCAACGGUGGUUUCACGGGACUCUAUUUUUUUUUUAAAGAUUGUCGCAGAAUAAAGGGAGUCGGCCGAAUGCGUUGAGUUUGGUUUCAUGUGGUUUUGUCAGAGCUGAGAAAUCCGACGAAACCUGUAGUAGGCACAGCACACCGUUUUGAUAAUAUUCGUUUAUCAUAACAGCCAUAUCUGGUUCUUUGAGUAACUUAAGCCAUUUUUUUUUGUUCAUAAUAUAAGGAAGAAAUGCGUGGUUUGCUAUCGGACUCGCAGCUAGACUUGAGUAUAAGGCGGGUAAGCGGUAGCCUGUUCUUUCAAUGCUUUUAUAUUUAAUUUCUCGCUCAACUGCUGUUUUAUGAAUCUUUACUGUUUCCCUUACAGUCUUGCACAGUGCCAGCGAUGCAUUCAUUGAGUGCUUAUUCCCUAGCGAUAAUAAACAAAGGUUUCGUCCCUAAUGCGGUGCCCUGGCUUUUCGACGCUUACGAGAGAGCUACUCCUAAGCUUCGUCUUCAAGGCGUCCUUCCACGCGUAUAUUCUCUGGGUUUACGUAAGCUUCGGGAACGCUCCAGAAGACAUUUUGAUUUCACUUCACUUCGCCCUAUAUAAUGGCGCGUAUACCCACUGACUGGACAAGAAACGCUUUAUCUGUGCCCUAAGACAACGAAGCUGAGUUUUCUUCGAUUAAUUGCCCACAUUUGGUAAUUGCUGCUAGUUUAAAGGCUGACUGCGUUCUAACAUUGUGUCGUUCGCCAAGCAGUGAAUUGGAUCACGCAUUUAUUUAGCUUUCCCAGUUUCCAGAAAAAUGUCGCAGUUUGUGACAUAGUCAGCUAAACAUAACUAUUCUUGAGUUUUGCGGACACGAGAUUGUCGAAGAUAUAAAACUGGCCGGAAGACACGAACUUUGCAUGAGAAAACUCCGCAAAAUUAGAAGGAUUAUCACUUAGUUGCCUGCCGCUGCUUUCAAACGCCUAUUACGAGCUAACGGGAAAGACUUACAAACAAAUUUAAUUUAUGCUCGCUCGUUUCCACACAAAACGAAUUGGUACGGUCCUUGGAAGGGUGGAACAGAAUUGAAUAACGUUUCUCAACAUGCUGCAGAUUAUUUCUUUUGAACUAGGCUUUCUGAGCGGCGGCAGAGAGGUAUCAUACCCAGAGUUAGGUCAGGUUAUGGCGUAUAUUACGGUUGACGUCAGAAACCCUUGACCCUGAUGACGAAUGCCGUGUUGACGAUAUGGUCCGAUAUAAUG